AUGGCAGUGUCCGGGUUCGUUAAUUCUACAACUAGAAGUCGUGAUGAAUUGGCAGAGGAGAAGAAUAUGAAUGGAAGCAAUACGGUGGAAGAAGCGGAGGAAAACAGCAAGGACGGGGAAGAAGAGGAAGUGGACGGGGCGGUGGAGGAGGAGGUUAUGGGUGGGGUGAAGGAAGUGGCAGUGGUGGGGGCGGGGGGAGGAGGAGGAGGAGGAAAUGGUGCUGGUGGAGGAGGAGGCGGCAGCGGUGGCGGAGGGGGAGGAGGGGGCGGUGGUGGAGGAGGAGGAAACGGGAGGGGCCAUGGGUGGGGGGGAGGAAGUGGUAAAGGAGGACGAGGCGGAGGCGGUGGAGGAGGAGGAGGCAGUGGUGGUGGAGGGUGGGGUGGAGGUGGUGGGGGAGGCGGGGGAUGGGGUUGGGGAGGCGGUGGUAACGGGAAUAUUGGAUGUUGGGUGUGGGGAUGUGGAGGUGAAAACAAACCAGAAGGAAGCAAAAGCCGGAAGCUUCCCUCCAAAUCCAGGGAAGAUCACUCGCCUUGA